UAAUUUUAAGAUUAUGCUGUUUUAAUUUCAUUAAAAAAUUAAAUAUGAAAUAAUUUUUUAUUGUUGGUAUUCUUUCGCGUUUUGUAACAAUACAACCUAAACACUACAUGCGUAAGCUGUUUGACAAGAUUGUUUUCGUUUGAUUUGUAUGUGUUGUAAAUUGUCGUAUUAUUAUUACAGUGGUAUGUGUGUUUGUUUACAUUUGGAUAGGUUUUGUAUUGAUGAUUGGUUUUUCGAAAGACUUAAAAGAAUGAGCGCAAUUCAAACGGCUUUGCUGUGAUCACAAUGAAAUUCAGGAUAAGAUGCGUUCUAUCAUUUACAACAUGGGUCCUAGUUGGUGGAAUAAGCUUGGUUUUGACAUUGGGUACAGAAGGCUCGGGGCAGCUGCAGUUCAGCCGGGAGCCCGAGGACGCGGUGGUGCCGCUCGGUAGCGACGCCGCGCUGCACUGCACGGUCACCUCGCGCACGGACCGACAGCCCCGGCUGCGCUGGCGCACGGAGGACGGCCAGAGCCUCAGCUUCAUCGGCGACCAGCACAGGUCGCAGGCCGCCAAUGGCUCGCUGCUGUUCUCGGGUGUGGUGGCCGGCCUGGGGCUGGAGGGGGGCUACCAGUGCGUGGCAGAGCUGGAGGGGAUAGGCCUGAUCGCCAGCCGCACGGCCCGUCUCGUGAUUGCCCUGCCGGAGCUGGAGGAGGAGCCCCAGGACCUGGCCCUGCUCCCGGGACAGACGGCCUACUUCAGCUGCCUGCUGGGCGAGCCGGCGGGGGCGGCGGCCGAGGUGCGCUGGCUCAAGGACGGCCGGCCGCUGGCGCCUGAUGGGGACCGGGCCGUGCUGCUGCCCUCGGGGGCCCUCGAGGUGGCAGCGGUGCGCCCGGGCGACGAGGGGGAGUACCGCUGCAACGUGACGGGCUUCCCCUCGCCCCUGCUCAGCCGGCCCGCCACCCUGUCCCUCACGUCUGACCAAGGGGUGGACAUAAUGGCCCCUGAGUUCGUGGCCGUGCCGCGUCCGGCCAGCGUCGUGCAGGGAAGCACAGUCACCCUGGACUGUGCAGCCAAUGGGAACCCGGCGCCGCGCAUCACCUGGCUCAAGGACGGGGCCACGCUGGACAUGUCGCCGGGUGGGCCCUACAGGCGGCUGGGGACGGGCAGUCUGCAGAUCUCCGACGUGCGGGAGAGCCACGCGGGGACCUACCUCUGCCGUGCCGACAACUCCGACGACUUCAUUGAUGCCACCGCCAGCCUCGACGUGCAAGUGCCCCCCUGGUUCGUACGGCGGCCGGCGGACGUGGCGGGCAUGGCGGGGGGCGACGCGGAGCUGCAGUGCGAGGCGCGCGGCCGGCCGGAGCCCCGGGUCGGCUGGCUCAAGGACGGGGACCGCCUCACGCCCAACGACUACAUGCAGCUGGUGGGCGGCCACAACCUGCGCAUCCUGGGGCUGCUGGAGCAGGACGCCGGCAUGUUCCAGUGCGUGGCCGCCAGCCCCGCGGGCAGCGUGCAGGCGCCCGCCCGCCUCUCCGUGCUGCUGCCAGCGCCAGGUGGUGGUGUGGGUGAUGCUCUGACGGCUUUUGUUCCCCCGCCCCUGGAAUCCGCAGCCCCCCAGCCCCUCCCCCCGCCCAGCCAGGUGCCGUCCGCCCCGCGCCAGCUGGAGGCCGUGGUCGUGUCCACGAGGUUCGUGACCCUGCGCUGGCAGCCGCCGGCCCACCCCCGCGGCCUCACCACAUACUCCGUGUUCCACCGCCAGGACAGAUCCGACAGGGAGCGCGUUGCCAACACGACGUCGGAGGAGCUGACGGUGGGCGGGCUGGCGCCCGGCCGCGCCUACCGCCUGCGCGUGGUGGGGAACAGCGCGGCGGGGGCCGGCCAGAGCUCGGAGGAGCUGAGGGUGGUGACCCAGCCUGAGCUGCACGUGCCCGGGCCGCCCCUCGCCCUGCGGGUCGCGCCCCUCUCGCCCACCGAGCUGCUGGCCGAGUGGCGGCCCCCGGAGGCGGGCGGCGGGCCCGGGCUGCUCUACAAGCUCUGCUACAUCGAGGGGGACUCGGCGGAGGAGCACCACGUGGAGACGACGGCGCUGCGCUACAAGCUGGACAGGCUGCGCAAGUACACCGAGUACAGCCUGUGGGUGGUGGCGACCAACCAGAACGGGCCGGGGGCCGGCUCCGAGCAGGUGCUGGUGCGCACCCUGUCCGACCGCCCCUCCGAGCCCCCGCAGAACGUCUCCGUCGAGGCGGUCAGCUCCACGAGCGCGGUGGUGCGCUGGGAGCCGCCGGCGCCGGGCGCGCAAAACGGCGUCGUGACGGGCUACAAGCUGCGCUGGCGUCGCCGGGACCGGCGCGGGCGCGGGCAGACGCUGGGCGCGGACGCCGGCCAGCGCUCGCUGGUGCUGACGGGGCUGGAGCGCGGGGCCCAGUACCAGCUGCGCCUCUGGGCGCUCACGGCCAACGGCACGGGCCCGCCCACCGACUGGCACCCCUGGGAGACCCUGGAGCGCGACCUGGACGAGUCCCGCGUGCCCGGCAUGCCCGUCGGCCUGCGCACCCGGGCGACGGCGGACUCCAUCACUGUGAUGUGGAGCCCCCCGCUGGACCAGGGCGUGGCGGUGCGCGGCUACACGCUCGGCUGGGGGAAGGGCAUCCCCGACGUGUACACGCAGCUGCUGGACGAGCGCCAGCGCUACUACACCAUCGCCAGCCUGGAGCCCAACUCGGAGUACGUGAUCAGCCUGCGGGCCAACAACGAGAUGGGGGACGGGCGGCCGGUGUACGGGCAGGUGCGCACCCGGGAGGAGCAGGCCCCGGAGCCGCUGGUGCCCCUCAUCCCGCCGGUGGGCCUGCGCGCCGUCGUGCUGUCCUCCACCAGCGUCGUGCUGUACUGGGCCGACACCACGCUGCCCAAGAGCCAGUUUGUGACUGAUUCCCGCUACUACGUGGUGCGCUACACCUCCUCCCACCACUCGGCCAAUCCCCGCUACAGGUACACCAACGCCACCGACCUGAACUGCAUGAUCGACGACCUGCGGCCCAACACGCAGUACGAGUUCACCGUCAGGCUGAUCAAGGGCCGGCGGGAGAGCCCUUGGAGCAUGGUGGUCCUGAACAUGACCCAGGAGGCCGCCCCGUCCUCGCAGCCUCGUGACCUCACCGUGGUCCCGGUCGAGGGCAUGCCCACCACGGUCAACCUCAACUGGCAGCCCCCGAGGCAGCCCAACGGGGCCAUCACAGGCUACGUGGUGCUGUACACGGACGACCACACGAGGAACGACCGGGAGUGGGUGGUGAAGGGCAUCGUGGGGGACAAGAUGACGACGACCGUGACGGGCCUCAAGCCGGACACCACCUACUACUACAAGAUCCAGGCGCGCAACGCCAAGGGCUACGGGCCCUUCUCCUCCACCGUCACCUUCACCACCGGACCGAGAAUUGGCAAGUUGUUCUAUGACAGCGAUCCACUUGGACAAGACGGGCACGGCUUCUCGCAGUCCACGAUCAUGUACGUGGCCGUGGGCUGCGUGCUGAUGUUCGUGCUGUUCGGGGCGGUCGGCCUGGGCGUGGUGUGCUGCCGACGCCGUGCCUCGGAGCGCAGCAAGCAGGGGUACGUGAAGGGCAACCUGAAGGGCAAGGCGGGCAUCAAGCCGCCGGACCUGUGGAUCCACCACGACCAGAUGGAGCUGAAGGCGCUGGAGAAGACUCGGGCAGAGUGCUCGGGCAGCGGCGGGGGCGGAGUGCCCAUCGCGGUGGCGACCCUGCCCCGGGCGGGCGUCCCCCAGGACUACGAGCCCCAGCCCGCCACGUCCUCCAGCUCGCUCGACAAGCACACCUACGUGUCCUCGUACAUAGUUCCAGGGGUGGUGGCGGGCACCCCGGUCCCGAGCGGGGUCCCCCAGACGGGCGGCGGGGAAGGCGUGGCCCGGCCGGUGUACCCCCGCACCCAGUACUCCGUGUCGCGGGCCCACGUCACCCUCGACCAGGCCGCCCAGACGCUGGACGCGACGCAGGGGGGCUACGACACGGGGCCCAGCCUGCCCGGGGCGCCGGGGCCCCCCCCGGAGGGCAAGCGCCUGGGACACCCCCUCAAGAGCUUCAGCGUGCCUGCGCCCCCGCCCCAGUCCGCCCCCGGCACCCCGCAGCCCAAACACGUAGUGCGGCCGCAAGGCUCGGCGAGCCCGUACAAGAAGGUCGGAGGGCAGCCAGCGACCCCCGCCUCGGGCAAGGGCCGCGUCACCAGCUCUGCCGCCACCAGCACCGACGACAGCCGUCUGCAGGCCUCGUACAGCACGGAGGAACUGAAUCAAGAGAUGGCGAACCUCGAAGGACUGAUGAAGGACCUGAACGCCAUCACGGCCUCGGAGUUCGAGUGCUGAGACCGGCGGCGAGGCGCGGCUGUCGGUGACUGAGCCAGUUCCUAGCCGGCAGCUGGACCAGUUCGUCAGAACUACCGACUGAGAGACAACCUAGCGGUUUUUUCUACUUUGUCUAUACAUUCGUGGGAAGGCGUCAGUAUUUUGAUUCCAUUUUUUACAUUGCUGGAAAAGGGAGAUUUCAUAUCGUUGCUGCAAGGUUUUGUUUGCAGCUGUAGGAAGUGUGUGGACGUAGGUAGUGAUAUGUAAGUGUCAGUGAUGUCGACGUGAAUUCCCGAUGAUGCAGGCCUCAAGUUGUAGAGCUUUUUACUGUAGCCUAGUUGUGUUCAUAGUUACUGUUGCAUGUGUGUGUGUGAGACAGAGGCAGUGUCUGUUAUUAGUUAGAUUCACUGCAGUCAGCAGCUGAGCUGUACAACCCAGCUAUAUCGGGAAAACAACGUACUAACAUUCAUUUUGUGGUUCUCGAAUCACCUUGUUCCCAUAACUGCUGUAACUAGCGUAAUGAUUAUUACGCAAAAUAAUACCAUUAAAAAAAAAUUAUAGGCUUUGAAAUACUUUUCACAUUCGUUCUGGGGCUUAUAGGGUAACAAGCUUACUUGCACUGUAUUAACCCUGACCAGUCUUACGGUGUGGCUGUUUCCAAAUCCAAGCACACAGCUUUAUGCUUGUGAUCCCACGUACUUCUCUUGCCAUUGUGGUGUACUAGACCAGUUUGCAAAGUAGUGAAAUUUUAGCAAUCUUCUUAAGUUUCUACCUCGGUUUCUUAAGAGCAAAAAUUGUGGUGAAGCAAGAACAAUCGUUAGAUUGGCAUUACAGAAUGAAAUUACGUUCCUAAAAGCAGUGCUACGACAGAAAAAAUAAUUACUUUGAAGUUAAACCUCAAAGAAAAGUUCUCAGAAAAAUGAAAAAUGAAAAUUUUUGUAGUAAUAUAUGGAUAUGAAAAAAGUGUGAAUUGCAGGUAGAGUCUAUUUAUGUUGACAUAAGUGGCAGGAACGUGAAGCAUUUUAGAUGUAAGGCAUUCCGUGGGAUCUGCUAAAUGUGGUGGUUUUUGAGGGAAAACGUAAAUGAGGAGAACUUAAAAUCAGGAUCCUUCUGUAUUUCAUGCCAAGUUUUUUCAGCUGAAAUAAAUGACAUUUUUAUCUCAGCUUAGUAGUUUCAUGAGAGCUUCUCUCAAGAAUGUUCCAGACAGUUCUCAGCUGUGGACUGCUGUGGACGUAAUCCUCUGGUAGUUUCAAAGACCGGAGGGUGUAGUGUGUGUGUGUGAGGUGAGUAGUCGAUGGCCUAACGUGGAGGUUGGACCCAGAAUCAGGUUCUUGUUCACUGCUUGCGGACCCCUGAGAGUGCGUAUGACUUGCAUGCGUGACUGUUGCGCACACUGCCAGUUAAGAUACCACUGCCCCCGGACAGCUCAGUAUUACACAGAAGUGUCGUGUCGCAGACGUUCCACUUGCCGCAGACGAGACCGCUUUCCUUUCCACUUUGUCGCCUUUUCGACUCUCGAGGUCAACUCGAAGUGAAUCCUGAGCCUCAAAGCCCCAAUGGCCGGCCAUCAGCACGUUUGAAAAUUUUCUAAAUGGCUUUCAAAUUUUUUUUACUAAUUUUUUUAAGGCAGCAUUUUAAAAUUUGGUUACUCGUGUGAUGGCAGUCAGUGUCAUUCCGAGCCGUGUAUUGUUACUGCGGUGAGGGAUGCGUGCAGAUGUUUGUCUGAUGCCGUGCCCGUACCGUCGUCGGCAAACUGUCGACACGGCGAGAGAGACGGCUGUUGAGCUCGCCGCAGGGCCGGAUUUAGGGGAGAGCAACCGGGGCGAAAGCCCCAGGGCCUCCACAAACAGAGGGCCCCCACAAAUUGGAUUUCAGCGAAAUCAUCAACGAUUUUUCGGCGAAAAAAGAUCGGAAGGUUCCGUUCAUUAACACUAAAAUUUAAUUACAUAUAAUUCUUGUCUCCGAUUAUAUUUAUGUCUGUUUUUUAAAUACUAAGAGAAUCUACUUGAUUUCACAAUAAAUUAUUUAUUGGAAAACUCGACUGAAAAAAAUUGUUUAUUUAAUUUGGAAAAUAAUUUGGGGCCAGGGGGCCUCCGCUCCUCUGUUGCCCCGCGGCCUCCAGACCUCUAAAUCCGGCCCUGAGCUCGCGUUCCAUUGGUCGACAUCCCAGCGCCCCUGCAGAUUGUAGCUUGUUCCUGUCGUGCUGGAUGGCUGAGUGAAGACUGCAUUUGUUUCCCUGUAAGCACUGUGUUGGUUGUGUCCGUACGUCCUACGUUUUAUGCUUUGUGUAUUAUUUUAAUGGGAAGCCGUGUUUUGUCAUUUUAUGUUUAAGUAACCAUUCACACACUAAGGCUACCUAUCUUUGAUGAAGUACAAACUAAUAUAAUUUCAUUUUUUACCACUGUGUCUAAUAUAGGUAAUGCUGCAAGCUAUAUCAUUCCACCGCCAUUGUAUUUUUUAACUCGCUAUGGAUAAUGUUUUUUUUACUGACUUUGUGCUUUAUAUUGUAUUUUUACUUUAGUUAGGUAUAGUUGUCACAUUGAAAGCAUUAUUUUUGUGUUUUUGUAGCUAGGUUUUUGUCUGUACUGUGUUAAUAAAAUAAUUUUGUAACUUUUUUUUAAAA